GCGCUACUUCCUUGUUGCUCAUGUGAUUUGUGUUUUGACCUUACAGAGAAGUCAUGGCCGGGAGGUACCCGAUAGUGGUGCAGGGCGAAGCAUCUGAAACAGACUCCGAUGAUGAAGUCUACAUAACCUCACUGUCUGCUCCACAGACUGCCUCGAUCGGAGCCAAGGUUCCAGGGGAGGCGUCUGAAACGGACAGUGAGGACGAACCCGAGCAGGCUGCAGGGAGCCACGAUAGCGCUCAGAUAUUAAAGAGAGACCUCCCUCCUCUUAUUGUAGUCAGAGACCACCCUGACAUGCAGUCCAUAUUGGAAGACAGACCGAGCCCCUCACAUAGACCACAUGGUGACACCCUUUUACAACAAAAGCUGCAGGAGUCCAACAGCCGGCUGUAUUCUGAUGUGGGACAGACACUACGGCAAGUUUAUGGCAAUGCCAGCAGGGAGGUGCGCAGUACAACAUCACAGCUGAAUGCAUCGCAGAGCGCCAUCAUCAACGCAUCCCACAGCAUCAGAUUAAUCCUGGAUGACCUGAAGGCUGUUUCUGAAAAGAUUGACAUCAUCACCAGCUGUCAAAUAUUGCCUGAUAUAAACAUUAAUAAUCUAAAUAAUUAUACUGCUCCUGCCCCUUAGAAUUUUUUUUUUUUCAAAACAAACGUAUUGUGAUGUUUUAUCAUCAUUAUGGGUAUAUUUUCUCUGGGUAACAGAGCAGAGGCCUCAAGCUGGACAAAAUUAUGUGUUGCCUACUUUCUUUAAAAACGCUGAGCAUAUACAUUAAUACUUUUAACAGUCACACACUACACAUCCAUUCAGAGGCUGCCCAUCCUUGUUUCUGGGGUUUUGAAAUUUCAUUGAUUUCUUGUAUUGCAGAGUCACGUUUGGAUGUACAUUUUACAUAGAACCAUGAUCCUUUUGUUCCCUGCACCACUGUUUUUAUGUCACUGUUAGAUUUUCAUGAGGCACGUCCUGUUUUUCCUCUGCCGUUUGCUCGUCCUCUGUGGUGGGUAAAAAAGUAGGUUUGUUGUGGGUUUCUUUUUAAGCUAUAAAUAAAAAUGUGGAUUCUUUUUAUUUUUCAGUGUAUUAGAAAAUAAAGAAGUAUUUACAUUAAAGGUUGCAAAUUUACACCA